GCAGUGCCCUCCUCUGUGCUCCUACUUAUUGGGCAAUUGCUGCUCUCGCUAUCACAAUGGCAUGAGGAUAUAGGCAAUACAGGAGGCUGUAUAAAGCCAUGACUCGCUGAGGGACACUCGGUGCCCAAUUCCUUCUUUGCUUGUACUUUUGUUUGCUGCGUGAUAACAAUGAAGUCUGUGUUUUACACUCGCUUCUUUAUCCUCCUUCCUUGGGUGCUGAUUGUGGUGAUUAUAAUAGACAGUGACACGAGGAGAUCCCCGGGCUCAGGCCCCGCCGCCCGCUAUUACCCCUUAUGGAACCGGAGGGUCGGACGUGCAGCUCUCACGAGACCCCGACCCAGUGACCCGAGCACUGAGCACAACUCUGCCCCUCACAACAGGGGGAAGAACGAGACUGUGCUGCCCGUGAUCUUUGCCAUCACCCCCACCUACAGCCGCCCGGUACAGAAAGCGGAGCUCACCCGCCUGGCCAAUACCUUCCGUCAGGUGCCGCGAUUGCAUUGGAUACUGGUGGAGGACUCUGUGCACCCGACGGAGCUAGUGAGCCGCUUCUUGGCUGGGGCAGGAGUGAAAAGCAGUCACCUGUAUGUGCCGACCCCGCGCAGGUACAAGCGCACCGGGCUGCCCCGAGCCACCGAGCAGAGGAACGCGGGACUGGACUGGCUGCGCCUCCAAUAUCAGCAGCGCCCGGGGAUCCACUCAGCUCAGCCGCACGACCUCUCCGGGGUGGUCUUCUUCGCUGAUGAUGAUAACACCUAUAGUCUGGAGCUUUUCCACGAGAUGCGAACAACUCAGAAGGUCUCUGUGUGGCCUGUGGGACUAGUAGGUGGGCGCCGAUAUGAACGUCCUGUUGUUGAGAAUGGAAAAGUCGUCAGCUGGUACACUGGAUGGAGGGCAGACAGGCCGUUUGCUAUUGAUAUGGCAGGAUUUGCUGUAAGUCUUCAAGUGAUACUUUCCAGUCCAAAAGCGGUGUUCAAACGGCGCGGCUCUCAACCAGGAAUGCAAGAAUCAGAUUUUUUGAAACAGAUUACAAAAGUGGAUGAACUUGAGCCAAAGGCCAACAACUGCACAAAGGUCCUUGUGUGGCACACCAGAACAGAGAAGGUAAAUUUGGCCAAUGAACCCAAACAUCCUCAGGAUACAAUUAAAAUUGAGGUAUGAUCAAAUCCAAUUCGUAUUAGGAUGCCCUGAACUUUUUCAAUGGACAGAAAACCAGUGAUUGUGAAGAUUCUUUACCCUGUGAUCAUUCGCUGAACUUUAAUUAAAGCUUCAUAUGAAUGGAACAACCCCAUGUGGAAGUUUUAAGACUUCACUGAAAUUUCAUGGUCCUUGGGACUUUGAAUGCAUGUGCCACAUCUAUCGUUUUUCCGCUGCAAAGUUUCCUUGAGGAAAACCGCAUCAUUUUCUUGAUGUUUCUGUCUAUUUACAUCAAGGCUCUACCUACUGAGAGUAAAGGUUCCAUAAGCUAAUAUUGCAGAACAAUACACUCGCAAAAGUACAGCAUACAUUGUAACUAUUUUCCUUGUCAGAAACAGGUAAUAAACCAGAGCCAUUAAGGCUACAUAAAAUACAAACAUACUGUGAUUUUUCUGAUUUAAUAAAGGGGUAAUCUGAUUAAUACUAAGCACCUUAAUAUGUAAACACAAUGAAGGUUAUAAACCUGGAUGUACAUUAUAGGAAGAAAAA